GAACGACGAACACUGAGGGAGCGAUGCAGCUCGCCAAAGCGCUUCAAUUCAAUCCCGCCAGACAGUCUAGAGAAGCUUCUGCGAGAAUACGCUCUAUUUUGAGUUCAGGGAGGGAUCAUAACGAUGCAUACGUUGAAAUACAAAAUUUAGCUUUAAAAUUAGGUCCAAAUAGUACACUGGAUAGCCCUCUAUCGUUGGCCUUAGCCCAAACUAGCUAUCUUCACGGUUUGAUCAGACGUGGUGAAGUUUAUCAAGCGCGUAAGAUGAGUUUGGCGUUUGCAAGAGCUGCAGCGAGAGCACCAAAUGGUCGUUAUCCAUUCAGUCGGAGAAGGUUACCAUUAAAGACUAUGUCUUCGAUUAUUCACUCCCUCAUUGGUCAACCUGGACAGUCUUCUACUACUACAUAUAGCAAACCAAACGGAAGACCAACUUACUCGUUUUUAUACCUCAUAUCUCAAUUUCCAACUCCCGGUGCAAGGGCAGCUAGAAUGUUCGUAUCACAUCAUGCAAAAUUAGGUGAUAGAAGAGCUCUUAGGGAUUUCCUAGUGAUAUUAAUAUUCGGCUUACUAAGUGCUGAAAUGAUAGGUGGUGCCGUAGCUUUAUACUCCCAUUGGUGUAGAAAAUAUGCGGUAAGCGAAGCGCAAAAAAGCUCCAUUAUCUCGCAAAAUAAUGAUAAAACCACCAAAGCCGUCAAUAAUCUGUCAACCUCGAGUCACAUUACAUGGCAACCUUCAAAAUCACUUAUCAAAGUGCUUUUAAACAAGUUACAUACAUCUCGAGAUGAUCCAUAUAAGCAAAUGAAGGCUGGUGUAUUAUCGCAUGUUGCUCAAUUGCUUGAUGAUCGGAUAAGAAUAGGUAACCUUUCAAUAAUGGUCAGUGAAUUGUCUUCCUACACAAGGAAGCACAAGUCAUCACAAUAUACUCGUCAAUUUGAGCGUACAUUAGAGAGUUUAUCAGAGGAUAUUAUAUCUGGUCGUAUUUUCCAUAAUACCAAACAAAGAGAUUACAAAAGAGUGAAAGACAUCAAUGCAUCAACAUAUAAUGCACUCAUUAGUCAUUUUAUGCAUCUUAGAGAUAUGACGAGAGUUCAAUCACUUUUGGAAUCUUUCAACAAUCGUUAUGGUGCUGUCAGAAGUGAUACUCUUAACGCUGUAUUGAGUGCAAGCGUUGAAGCAGGUGAUAUUCAGCUGGCCACACGUUUAGUUGAACUUUUGCAAUGGAAACUUAAUUAUCAGUAUAGCAAUAAGUCUCGUUGGUCCGGUUUCAGGAUUGCUCAGGAUGAGAAGGUAUUGAAAGAAUUAAAGAAAUGUAAUCACUACAAUGUUGAUGACAACACUGUAUCUGCCCUUCUCAAGUUUUAUGUAGCAACGGGAAAUAAGAAGAUGGUCGCACCAUUAACGUACCAAUAUUUACCACAUUUAGACUUAAACACUGUGAAAGAAGACCGUGAAAGUAGUUACAGGAAAUUGGAUGAACAGACUAGUAGUGAUUUGUUUGCAGCCGUCCAUAGAACACUCAAAACUGGCUUAGCUGUCAGAUUACUAAAUGAUAGGCAAUUAGAGAAUAUGUCUGUGGAAUCACUUACUUCAGUUAUGACAAUACUAUCCCAAGAAGCUCGUAAAUGGAGCCAAUUCAGUACUGGAUGGGGUCCUAAAAGAUGGAUCAGAAGCAGCUUCUUUGAGUCAAAAUCAACGUCUGAUUUGAAUAAUGACACCAGGAGUAAACAAAUUCAUGAUCAAAUGAAAUUGAGGCAUAAUAGUGCAAACUUUAUGGCAACUACUCUUUAUAAGUCUGUUAGAAAUAGGCCAUCAAAACAUCAAGUUGAUAGGAAUGACGUUAGUAUAGAUGAGGGUUUCUUGAGAAUGUGUUUGAAAGUAUUUCAUAGAUCCAAGUAUAUGAUCGCAAUUGAUGAUGUUUUGAUGCAACUACAUCAACGCAAUUAUACCAUCCCUCAUCAACAUAAGGAGCGUUUUGAAUGGAUUAAAAUGCAAGAUCCUCAACUUAUUUUUGAUAAAUUUAAUAAAUCAAGAGUACCCAUAGUUGUUUCGCCAAAGUUUCAUAACAUAUAGAAACGUAUUUUUG